AUGCCAGCCCCUCCAGAGCACGAGGAUGAGAUGGGUCGUCCCGUGGGUGCGCGGACCUUUUGGGAGGACUGUGUCAUGCGUAAUGCCGGAUACUUCAACGCGCUUGUGUGCGAUACCAACGGGUCUUACUCCGUGCUGGGUUUGGCGGCUCUGAACCAUGGUGUUUGCUACCCGGCGCACAACCAUGACAAUCAGGAGGCCUACUGGCAAUUGGGUGGGCCCGGGUGGUGGAAGACCUGGCCAAAGACCUGGCACAAGUUUCCAAACGAAAGGCCUUACUCAGAGAUUCGAAUUACGAAUCCAUCUUCGUGGCAGCGACUCCACAACCAUCCAG